CUGAAGGCCACAGUUCCAAACAUAGCGACACCUCCUCCUAUUGUCGAGCUCAUGUCCCAUCACACUUGCAGCGGCAAGACACAAUUGCUGUAUCACCUCACUGCACUCGCGGUAUUACCGAGAACCCUGGGAGGGCGACAAGCUGCGGUAAUUUAUUUCGAUCUGGACAAGCACUUCUCUGUAACUCGACUCGCUCAACAGAUUAAACGACUAUUACUUGCGCAAUCGCUCGCUCCAAAUCAGAAGCUCUCCAACGACAAUGUGAACGAGAUAGUGUCAGAGUGUCUUCUACACGUCCAGAUCUACCAUUCCUACUCCCUCUCCAAGACCGUCAGCACGCUCAACAACCUGCAAUCUUACCUAUUCGACUCCUCAAAACACCACUCCUUCGAUCGCACCAUAGCUUUCAUCGCAGUCGACUCUGCCUCUGCACUCUACUGGCAGACUCGCUUCGAAACAGAAGAAGCCGCACUUCUGAGCUCGACUUCGAACAAGUCCUACACAGAACCUCCACGCCAGCCCAUAGGCUACACACAUCUCGCUGCCGCACUUCAGUCCGCCUCUCGCACAUUCUCAGCGCCAAUCAUCUAUACAGUCCGGGACUACAACCCACCAGCAAAAGCUUCCUCUCAUAACUCCAACCAUCACCAAUACCAGCUCACAAACUCGGCUUUCGGUUCAAGUCUUCUUGAUGACGCAUAUGCACUUCGACCUUCCCUACCCGCGCCUUUCAAUUCUGUGAGUUUUGCGACGCUGCGGCUGAUCAUGAGGCGCGGGAUUGUUAGGAAACUGCCGAUCGAGGUUACAGUGGAAGAUGCUUUGCAGGAGGAGUCCAACAGGAGGAAGGUCACGGACCAGGGAAAGUUCGAGUGCUUCGUGAAUGAAUGGGGAGUGGAUGACAAGGUGAUGGACAGGUUGCGGGCGAAGGGCGCUUUGUUUGAGGUGUUCAUUACUGGCGAGGGUAUAAAAGUCGGUGAUGGGCCAGAAUGA